AUGGUAUUAAUCAAUCCCUUAUUUCAUGCUAAUUUAAGUAUUACCCUAGAUAUAAUUCAAAGUUGGUAUGACCUUAAUACAUGCAUAUAUGUAGUUUAUGAAAGGGAACCAUUAUUCCCCGGUGAAGAUGCUUCUGAUCAAUUGGCUUGUAUCAUGGAAAUUUUGGGCCUGCCUCCAAUGCAGAUGAUUAAAAAAGGAAGUCAAAGUCAUCAUUACUUCAAUAGUAGUGGACAACCUUUGUAUAUGAUUGAACAACACCAACAUAUUUACGGCGGAAAUGAACAAACGGACAAAUUACAAGAAGCUAUAACCAAUCUAAGUAAAUCAUUGAACUCUUCAAGUAAACUUAAACGUAGUAAUGGUAAUAAACAUCACAAGAUAAGAAAAUCCCCUGGUUCUACAAACUUAAUUGAAGCAUUGACAAAUUCGAAAAAUUCUUCUGUCUGUUUACCUGUGGGUGAGACAUCAAAUUUCGGUCAUAAAAUACCACAACCAUUAGAUCCAGAUAUGAUUGACUUUUUAAAAGGAUGUUUAAAAUGGAAUCCAGAUGAACGAAUGAAUCCAGUUGAAGCACUUCAACAUCCAUGGAUCAGAAAAAUGCCAUCGUUUACUGCAUCAAGUAUUGGAAGAACAAACAGUUUUGCUACAAGUCGUAAUGCCUAUAACAAUUCAGAUUCUUGUUAUACUAUCAAUAAAAAUAAAUUCAACAGCUUUUCCAAUUCACCAAGUAAAACAAAUUCAGACACAGAUUUUGUAGCCAAUAUCCUUGGUGUACGUACACGAAAACCCAGGCAAAAUCCAUUACGUAUCUCUCGAAAAUCUGAAGUUCCGAGUAUUAUGUCUGACAACUCUUCAAAACCAGUUCACUCGUAUCGUCGAUAUUCAUUUGACCAGAAUAACAGCAAACUGUCAGAUUUAUUCGACAGAUCAGUCAAGUGUACUUCAAAUCCAAAAUCUCCAGAUCGACUUAAACAUCCAAGUCUAGACGGCUCUUGUAACACAAAGCAGUAUCGCAGUUUCUUAAAUAAUGGUCAUAAUGGGAACACUGUCAUUAAUGAUAACGAUGAUGAGGAUACUACUGAUAAUAGUGUAUCUCCCCGUAGUGACAUUCACAGUCAUCACCGUCGUAAUCGCCAUCAUCAUCGUCCAAGUAAUAAUAAUAACAAUAACAAUAAUACUCAUCAAGAAACAGAGGAUAGCAAUGUAGAUUCAAAUAACAGCUUGAUAGAAGAUGAAGAUAUCAUCAACAAUUGUAACACUCCUUCCAUGAAUGAUCGAAUGAAAAUUAAUGAUGACAGUGAUUGUAGUGAUAUCAGUGUUAGUGAUGUUGAACAAAACUGCCGAAAUUCAGGCUACUAUGACAAUGCUAAUAGUCAUAAUGGUAGUGCUAAAAUAAUACUUUUUAACGAAGACAAAGUUAUACGAGUUCCACAUAUAACAACAGGUGAACAUGACAUAUAA